AUGCACAGCCCAGGAGCGCCCCGCUUAGCUCUUGGGCUCACAUGCCAGGGGCGCCGCGGGCAGGGGAGGGGGUCGGGGCCAGCCCGGAAACCUACCGGGCCCUGGCGCACCGCCGCGGUGCAGUGCCCACCAGGUCAAGGCGGCCGCGAAGGCACUCACCACGCUCCUCACUCGGCUCGAGCCUCGCCUACCCGCGAAAGAGGCGCCGGCCACACCCACGUGCCGGUUUCCCACGACCCAGACGGGAAGGAACGGAAAACCCAAGAAAUCACAGUCGGACCAGGCCCUGUUCAUCUUCCCAGGGCCUUAGUUACCUUGGCAAAAGAGUGCCUGCAGACAAAGGCGGCCUCCCCGGUGUCGCCUGUCCCCUCCUUCCUAGGCCGGGACCCCUCCCCCGCAGGAAUGAGAGACACUACCUCUGUAUCCCAGUCCUCAGCAGAGGAUCCAAGAAGGUCCUACAGCCGGAUACCCCACGUGCAAUCACGCGCCAGGCCGCCUUUCCUACCCUACCCCGCUUCGCUCAGAAGGGAUCCACAGGAGCCGGCCCAGCCUAGCAAAGGCGCACUCCGGUUUAAGGGCACCAGGCUGGGGGAGCUCCCCAAGACCGGCUCCCCUCGGACCGUGCGCCCUGCUGCGGGGCCACAUGCGGCGGGACGGAAACUUGUACACGAGGCGGGGGCUCUUCCCCAGCGCCUAGGCGCCCUCGGCCCCUCUGAGCCCGCAGGGGAAGAGGAGCUCGUCUCGUGGACACGUGCCACCCAGCUGAUCUUCAGGAAACUGGGCGCGGGGGACCGUGGUGUCCCGGCAGGUGCGAAGCCCCUGCGGGAGUGGAUGGGGGAGGGGUACUCCAACCACCCUCGUGCCCCGCACGGUCGUCCGCCCCCCCAAUUCAUUCACAAAACGGGAGCCGCGAAGGAGGGAGGGAGCGGCUGGAGGAGAAAGGGAGAAGGGGUCCGUGGGGAGGGGGCUGCAGGAUCAGCCGCCGGGAAGCUGCCACGGCCCCCACCGGCCUCCCAGCGCUGGCCACGGCGCCCGCAGGGCGGGGAGCAGGAGGCUCCGGCGCCCAGCCCCGCGCGGCCCGCCCCUCCGAGUGGCCGGCCCGCGCUCACCGUGCCUUUUGCCGGCUGCCCGCGCUCCGGUGCUCAGCAGGCCCGCGGCGGUUCCAUGCCCCUCCUCCGGCUGCUCGGGCUCCUCGCCACCGCGCCUCCUCCGCGUGCGCCGCCGCCGCCGCCGCCGCGCGCUCCGACUGACGAGCGCCGGCCCCGCCGAGCUGCCUUAAGUACCGAGCGCGUCCCCGCGGGGAGAGGCGCCCUCCUCCGGCCCUGGGGCCGAGAAAGUUGGCAGGAGUGGGAGGACUCCCUGGGGGCCGCGGGAGCGCCCUGUUCCCGGCUCGCCACCACUGGCACUCGCGGGUCACGGGGUCCCGCGUGGACGCGGCUCCUCCGGCUCGCGUAG